AUGGGCCUGCCGCAUAGACUCCACCAACAGGGCGUAGAGGACGCCACUGAGCACGAGUCGGACAGCGUCCUUGCCACCGAGGAGACCCUUCUAAAUACCAUCGCGUGGGCACCCCCGGGGACAUUAGGGGCAGGGCUCCGUCAUUCCCGUGACCGAGUCGCCUUCCCCGCGCGGCCAUCUAGAUGCAUCCUGGUAUUUACCCCCGAAGGCGUUGCGGUAGGCAUGGCCCUCUACUUCUAUAACUAUAGCACCUGGAGGGCAAAGCCUGGCAUCUACCUCGAGGACCUGUACGUGAAGUUGUCGGAGCGCAAGAGGGGCUACGGCUUCAUGUUGCUCCAGCACCUCGCCCGGGAGGUGGUCGCCAUGGACGGCGGGAGACUCGAGUGGUCGGUGCUCAAGUGGAACGAGCCCAGCAUCAAGUUCUAUGAGUCUAUUGGUGCCAAGAGGAUGGAUGAUUGGGUCGGCAUGAGGGUGGACGGGGAGGCGCUGGUAAAGUUGGCAGGUGAUGGCGUUUUCCAAUAG